CGAUUAUUUGAUUAAGAUUUGGGUUCCAGUCAAAUCCAAAUCACAUGCAAUUUAAGAGUUCUUAAUACGACGGGAUUGGGAAGAGAGAAUGGAAGUAACUUGGCUACACAAUUUAGGAAAAUUAUGUAAUCAGAUUGGACAAGUAUUGGAAAGACAUGGCCAAGAAUGUUUAUGUCAUGCUGAUAAUACUAGUGCAAAGAAAGGUGACUGGGUAGCUCAAGCUGAUAUCGAUAAGGAACAGUCCGCGUUGGAAGCUCAAAAGAGUAACUUUUCUAAUGUGGGACCUUCACAAUCCGUGCCCAACUCAACUAUGCACGAAAAGGAGAUUUCUAUGCAAAACACUGGCACUCACGGUACAGUACCACUUGCAACGAGUGUCGUACAAACAACAAGGAGUGACGUCCACGAGGGAAAGUAUCUUGUGGAUACAGAGUCGGAGGCUACAGACAAUGAGUUAUGGGUUUCAUCCCAACAGAGUAAGCAAUCCAACACCACUUCCACGGGAGAAAGUGUAAGAAACAGCAACACUGUAAAAAAGACGGCGACCCGUUGGAGAAAAGGUGCAGACGAUGAUAGAUUAAUAAAAAUAGUCGAAAACUGUGUGAAGAACCAAACGGUAACAACAGAAAAGGCAGUCAUUGACAAAGUGGUUGAGUCGUUAGGUAACGUUCACUCCUUUCAACAAGUGCGCUAUCACUAUCGAAGGUUACAUAAAGAGAACCGAUUGCCACUUGAAGCACCAGUUUAAGUGUUUACUAUUGCUUAAAGUUCGUAUGUAACAAUU